CUGCUUUCUGCUUCUUCGUUGUGUGUUGGUGUGAGCUUCUUGUCUCUCACACGCUUCGCUGAAUAUGCCUUUCACCAUCAAGCCGCCUGAGGGCACGCCUGGUAAGGCAUGGCCUGCUAUUGCUGUCGGCCUCUUCGUCGCCUUUGGUGGCGUCCUUUACGGCUAUGAUACUGGCACAAUCGGUGGCAUCCUUGCCAUGCCAUACUGGCUCAAGGAGUUCUCAACUGGACACACGGACGAGAACGGAAAUCCCGCAAUCACAUCCUCGCAGUCAUCCACCAUCGUCUCACUGCUCUCCGCCGGUACCUUCUUCGGAGCACUGACCGCAGCGCCUACUGGUGACUUCUUCGGACGUCGAAUCGGUCUGAUGGUCUCAAAUCUGGUCUUCUGCUUCGGAGUCAUUCUUCAAACCGCGGCCACUGAGAUUCCACUCUUCGUUGCUGGUCGUUUCUUCGCUGGAUAUGGUGUCGGUAUGAUCAGUGCACUCAUCCCUCUCUACCAGUCCGAGACGGCACCCAAAUGGAUCCGUGGUUCGAUCGUCGGUGCAUACCAACUGGCAAUCACGAUUGGACUUCUCCUCGCUGCAAUAGUCGACAACGCAACCAAAGACCGCAAUGACACUGGAAGCUAUCGCAUUCCGAUCGCCGUACAAUUCGCGUGGUCUAUUAUCCUGGUCGGAGGUCUCAUCAUCCUGCCUGAAACUCCACGUAUGUGGAUCAAGCGUGGUGAUAAUGAGCGGGCUGCAAAGUCGCUGGCUACACUCAGACGCCUCGAUGUCAAUGAUCCAGCUAUCAUCGACGAGCUUUCCGAAAUCACGGCCAACCACGAGUACGAGAUGAGUCUCGGCCAAGCCUCCUACCUCGACUGCUUCCGCGGAAACCUUGGAAAGCGAUUGGCAACUGGGUGUGGUCUUCAAGCCCUCCAGCAGCUUACUGGUGUAAACUUCAUUUUCUACUACGGAACAAGUUUCUUCAAGCACUCUGGUAUCGAGAACUCUUUCGUGGUCAGCAUGAUUACAUCUUCCGUCAACGUGGCUUCGACUUUCCCUGGCCUGUACAUGGUGGAAACCUGGGGACGCCGCAACCUCCUCCUCUUCGGUGCUAUCGGAAUGGCAGUCUGCCAGUUCAUCGUCGGCGGUGUCGGCACCGGGGCUGGUACUGAUGAUAUGCCAGCACAGAGAGCAUUGAUCGCUUUCGUGUGCAUCUACAUCUUCUUCUUUGCUUGCUCUUGGGGACCUUGUGCUUGGGUCGUCACGGGUGAGAUCUUCCCGCUCAAGGUCCGAGCCAAGUCUCUUUCGAUGACUACAGCCAGCAACUGGCUUCUUAACUGGGCUAUCGCAUACUCCACCCCCUACCUCGUCGACUCCGGCCCAGGAAACGCCAACUUGCAAUCCAAAGUGUUCUUCAUCUGGGGCACUUUCUGCUUCAUCUGCAUCAUCUUCGUCUACACUUUGAUCUACGAGACCAAGGGCCUCACUCUGGAACAAGUCGAUGAGCUGUACGCGAAGGUUCCUAACGCUUGGAAGUCGCCUGGCUUCGUGCCGACUGUCAACUUCACUGAUGUGGCAGAUAUUGCCCAUGAUGGAAGGAAGUCGAGUUUGGCAGAUAUUGAGGAUACUGUCAACAGGAAGAAAUCUGUGACGCACUCUGAGAAGGCGAUUGCAUGAUCAUGAGUGAUGGAAAUGUAUAGAGUGGAUAGUUUUGUAUUGCAUCUAAUGAGCUUUAUGAGCACAUGUCAAAGACA